UCAUUUUCAUCGUCUCUAAAUAGUAAAUACGAAAAUGGUCCAAAAACACGUUUUUGAAGGCGAAACCAAACAUGCCUUAAAUUUCAAUUUCAAUUCCCAAAAAUCCCCCUCCCUGAAGUUUUAAUUUUCAAAAUAGGUCUCUUUCUAAUUUCUAAUUGCCAUUCUACGUCUUCCCUCUGCUUAGUCCACACUCAAACCCCAUCAACCUUUUGCACCAGAUCAGGUUGGAGAUCCAGCGAACCCGUAAAAAGGUUCGCAUUGCAAGGAUUUUUGGUGGGAACUUGGAUUUGGGUUUUGAGAAGCUAUGUUCAUGAAGUGCUUUGGCGAAUUUGGUAGACAAUUUUGAUAAGGUUCUUGGCUGGCUACGCGGCGAAAAAAUUUCCUAAUUGCUAGUUUUAUCUAUGUUUGGAGGUCUUGCGACAGUUCCUUCCAAUAGUCCACAUUUAAGAAAGUCGGGUAGCAGACCUGUUGUCUCUGAUCUGGGUAUAAGUGAUAACGAAAAUGGUGCUGAGGAGGGUUUCUUGAAUCUGACAGAAGCAAACGAUAUGAAGGGUGGAAGCAUGCCAAUUAGUACAGCUGCAAUAAUGCCAUCUCCAGCUUUGUUAUGGAGAUUCAAGGUCCUACUGUUCUUUGUCUGGGGUUUCAUUUGUUGCAAGAUUGGAUGGGAUUCUGUCAUGAGGAUGAGUGUGGAUCUGCGAGAUUUAUUUCUAUAUGAGGCUUUUUUGUAUUAUAAUCCUCUACUUCUUGUGACUAUGAUGGUUUGGUUUUGGGGAAUUAAUUUAUGGGUGUUUGCUCAGGCCAAUGUCAAUUAUGCAAAAAUUUUUGAUCUCGAUCAAAAUCAUCUGACCCACAGAGAAAUAUGGAAGUGUGCCACAUGGAUGACAAUCGUUGUGCCAACAAGCAUGACAGCAUAUCUUUAUCUUUAUUCACAUGGAGAAGUGUCACUUGCUGCAUCGCAACCAGUACUCUUAUAUGCUGCUGUUGCAAUGAUUUUGAUAUUCCCUUUUGAUAUUUUCUAUUUGUCAUCUCGCUUUUACUUGUUAAGGACUCUUUGGCGCAUAGUUCUCCCAUUACAGGCAAUAUCAUUUUCUGACUUUUUCCUGGCCGAUAUUUUGACCUCCAUGUCCAAGGUGCUUUCAGAUUUGGAGCGAUCAGUAUGUCGAAUGGUCCAUCGACAGGUUGCUACUAUUGCAUGGUUUGAAGCUGACUCCGUUUGUGGCAGUCACUCUGUUGCAAUCCCCUUGGUUCUUGUUUUGCCUUACCUUUUUCGUUUGUUCCAAUGCCUUCGACAAUAUAAGGAUACUGGCGAGAAAACAACCCUUCUAAAUGCUUUGAAGUAUUCAACUGCAGUACCUGUGAUUUAUCUUUCAGCCCUUAAAUAUCAUGUCUUUCCUGAGAAGUGGACAAACUUUUAUCGGCCCCUCUGGCUUCUAUCAGGUGUUUUGAACUCUUUGUACUCUUUCUACUGGGACGUGACUAGAGAUUGGGACUUGAGUGGUUUCACUCGGAUUUUCAAGUUCGGCAAAGCACAUCUCUUGUCAAACCUCAUACAUGGACGGAAAUGGGUUUACUUCUGGGUGAUAAGUAGCAACUUGAUUCUGCGUUGUACCUGGACAUACAAGCUGUCUUCCCAUCUUCGCCACAAUUACCUUACCGUGUUCGCAAUCACGGCCUUGGAGAUUUUCCGUCGCUUUCAAUGGGUUUUCUUCCGUGUAGAAAACGAGUGGAACAAGAUGAACUCUAAGUCAAACAUUCAGCUUUCCAUGAGCGACACCGCAAAUGAGGAAGAAAGAUUACUUGUUUCUAAUGGCCACAAUGUAUAGGCCGUUAAGAAGUUAUUCUCUUCCUCUAAUCAUCAUUCCUAGCUUUGUAUAAUUUUUUUCCCUAGUGGGAUUGCUCAUCGCCUUUUUCAAUUUCAAUUUACAUGAACAAAUGAAAAACGUUUCUUGUUUAUAAAAUGAAUAGGUUCAUCA